UUCACACGAGAGUGGCGAGUUUGAAUCACAUUGUUUACGUAGUUAUUUCUGCUGCAGUUUUUUUUUUUUUUUUCUUUUUAUAAAGUGAAUCUCAUGUUGAUGAAAUGUUGCGGUUUAUCAAUAUUUUGUUGGUUCUGUUUCUGGUUCAUAGUACAUCAUUUAAAGACGGAGUUGCACAAACAAUUCCUGACGACUCCGACGCAACAAUCAAUAAAACCCUGAGUCUCAUUCGACAGGCAGAUCAAAUUAUUCAAAACAGCACAACGAAAGACGCGAUUUUAAUUCUUGGUAUCAGCGGAGUUGGAAAAACACCGUUCGCAAAAUGGAUGACGCAAGACAAUAACAAACUAAUGUCGGUACGAAAAACAAAUGGAAGCCUCAAGCUGUAUGUUAUGGAAGAUACUGAUCGUUCUAUCGGUACAAAUACCCUCUUAUCGGCGACGGUGUUCCCAAAAUUAUAUACAAACGCGUCGACAAAGGCGGUUUUUUACGAUUUUCCCGGAUUUGUAGACACCCGAGGUACGAAGUACAAUAUAGCAACGACUUACGCGUCCAAAGGAGUUAUAUAUAAAACUCGACGAGUUAAAUUAAUUUUCCUUGUAAAUUACGAUAGUGUAAAAUCGUUAGCUGAUCGGACCGCUUUUACGAAUUUCUUAACUUACGUAUGCGAAUUUCUUACCGAUAUAAACAAGUUCAAGGAUAGUAUUGGUAUUGUGGUAUCGAAAGUACCCAAAUAUCCCGACGACGCGGAAGCUUCCAACGAGCAAGUUAUCAACAGCGUUGCUGAUUUCAUUCAAACAGAAGUGCAGUCUUUUCUGCGAAAUCAAUCGCAAACGGUUUCAUCUUACGAGGAAAAAGCCUUCUACACGAAAGCGUUGUCGUUCACAUCUAUAAUUCUGACUAAAAUCAACGACGAAUAUACGAGAAUAGGACUUUUUAGAAUGCCCGAUCAAGGCGGACCUUACAGUAAUAUUCCUUUGGUACAAAAUGGAAAAGGCCGAAUCGAACAAAUGAUACGCGAACUCGAGUUUACCAAAAUCGCCGACAACGAUUUCAACUACGUGCUAUCUGCUGAAGCGAAGAGUAAUCUCAAUAACCUUACGCUGAAAAUGAAUACCAACAUAUACGCUGUUAUUCGCCAAAUCGGACAAAAUAUUAUAUCGCUGACUUCUACGAAGGAAAACAACAUUUACGAUGUGACAAAGUUACACGACGAAUUAUACGAAACGCACGCGGGACUUUCGAAGGCGCAGCAAUCGGCGAAUAAUUUGAGUAUCGAACAAUGCGUAGAACUGGUCGACAAAAGCACCGUCAAUUUACGUAAUUUUCCUCUAAACGAUAUCAAGUCUUACACGCAUUUCUUAUCGUUUUUACAGAGUUUCAAUAUCGAUCAAAUUACUCAUCGUCGCUUUAAAGGCAAUUGUUUCGAAGAGCUGACAACCGCCAUCGACUAUCUGAAUGAGUCUCAUAAAUGGUACAAUUUCCUGUUGAUUAUUUACGAUAGUUUGUCGCAUUACGACGUGCAGAAAAAUAUCACGACGUGUAAAAAAGCUCUUCCGAGUAUAAAUGUAAACGAAGAUGAUCAGACAUCAAUACGUAGUAAAUUACGGUCGUUUUUUAAAGAAUGUGCGAAAAAAGAUGGCGAAUACGCUCUUUUAGAAAAUAUAAAUCUCGAUGGUUUCAAGUUGAAUGCCUUGGAUAGAGUAUUGAAUUACACGUUACAGUAUUCGUCGGACUUGUCGUGUGAUCCUAAGAACCCUGGAAAGUUGGUGCUGAAAGGGCGAUAUGUGAAAUUCAGCGAUAUCGUUAAUUCGGAAUCGAAAUGCUCGAAACCGGUUGAAAUUAUGGAGGUGUUUGCAUUCAACAAAGUAUUCGUCGAUGCGAGUUUGAAUAAAACUGGCGCGAAAUUUCAACUUUCCAUUAUGGCGCCAAUUUGGGAUGUUCGAAUUGAACAAAAAAUAAUCUUAGACGGAUUACCCGGCAGUGCUCAUGAAAGAACAAAAGCACUUGAUGGCUUGUAUCCGAGUAAUAAUGGAACAGAUGGUAAACCUGGAUUACCUGGAAAUUCUGCGGCAAGUUUUUUGGGUAUUGGUGAAAUUUUCAUAAAUGCUGAGCAACUGACGAUUUCGGCUAACGGAGGAGAUGGUGGCCCAGGGCAAGAAGGAGGUGAUGGCGGAAAUGGCGAGGAUGGAAUUACACACAGUCUCGAAUUGAAUUUAAUACGUAAACUUAAAGAGGGAAAAGGUACACGAGAAACAUUGCAAAUCAACGAAUACAGAGUGUAUCCCCAAAAGAAUUGUACUCAUGGUGGUAAUGGCGGAGCUGGGGGUGAAGGUGGAUUUGGUGGACAACCAGGUGUCUUCUUCAUGCCGCUCAUCAGAAAUGAAGCCAUUCCUAAUAUUAUUAUAUCGAAUAAAAGUGGAAACGUAGGACCUGGUGGUGCAGGAGGACGAGCAGGAAAUGCAGGAAAGCCAGCAAAUAUCACCGAUGUGCUAUUUUCCACGGAAACUAAAUGCGUUGUCGGCGAUUGUUUUUCAGUGGCUUACUAUACCGUGGAAAAUAGUACUAAUUUUAUGCCGUGUGUUAAAGGUAUUCCUGGAAUUAAUGGUUCUAUAGAACCAAAUACCAGCAACUCAGAAACUGUAUCUUUUUCAGCGUUCAUUUCGACGAUAAACGAUUAUAAAAAGUAUUUGAGAGAAGAUAUGAUAAAUUACCAAAUACCUGUAAAUGAAAAACGUAUAGAACAUUUUCACGAUUUACUAGAAAAUAAUACUCACGAGUAUUAUAAUAUGUCGACGUUGGUUAACGAGUUGUACAAUUUAGAGAGUCAGUGUAUUCGGUUACGUAAUGAAAUAUUCGUUGUUAACGAAUUACACGAUUCGGAUCAGUUUUAAUGUUCUAAUUACGCGAAUUUACGUAAAAGAUCGAAUUAUCGAAAUUAAAUAGAAAAAUCUAACUCAAACUCAAAGAAAUACUCGGGGAACAUUUUUAACGGUUUAUUCAAUUCAACAUAUAACAUAAUAAUAACGUAUAACGUAUUUUACAAAGUUCAACUUAUUUCUAGGAAAGUCUGCAGUCAAACUUAUUAUAUACAAAUAACGUUAUAAGUAACGAUAACGAAUAGAAACGUAAAUCGAUACCUACAACUACACCAACUACCUAUCUAGAUCUAUGGGUAAUUACCCGUCAGUUUACCAAAAGGCACAACACGCCUCCUAAAAAAUUAUUUAGAAAUCUAGAAAAACUAAUUUUUUCACGUGGCUUUUGGAAGCGUUGGUAACACUGACUUGCACGUACUACAAAACUCUCGCCUAAAGCGAAUAAACAAUAGCACUAAAACGUAAACACCGUAGAAUCUCAACAGUUCAACUUUUCUCGAAUAAAAACCGAUUAAAUAAUUAACAAAAUAAAUUAAAACAUGAUUAAAAUAAUAAAAUAUAAAAUGCGGGUAAAAUAAGUGCUAAAAUACACGAUAAAACAGUUUCCGGCGAGCGUAUACCGUACUACGA